AUGCAGAACGUAAAGGAGUCACGCACCGGCGCCUCGCCUCCCCGCUCCAGGAGACUUGAUCCCGUUUACAAAGGACAACCCAUCGCAGGGGGCGCUGCGCGACCGCGGAACAAAGACGGCGCGGAACAAAAGGUACGGGACGCGGAACAAAAGGAACGGGCCGCGGAACAAAGAAGCCGGCGGGCGGAACAAAAGAUGCGCGCGGGCCGCGGUCACAAUGCUGUAGCACCAGCUGGAAACACGAGUGGCGCGGCGUUGUUCCGCGACACAAAGGGAUGCUAUAUCGAUGUACUC